GCACCCCUGAGGCUGCAGUCGCUUUGCUUUCGUGCGCAGCCGGGAUCUGGGACCUUUAGGAGCGUGCAGUCGGGUCCGCGGUGGUGAGAGCCAGAAGGCGGUAGGGGUGGGGUUGUCCCCACUGCACAGCAGCUGGUCUGAGGGUCGGAGGCGGUGGUUGACAACUGUGCACGAGUCCCGUCUCUGUCGCCAACCUCUUAGGACCCCUCUGUACCUACAGAGUCGGAUGGCGGCGGCCGCGCCCCGGGACCCGACUCAGGGCUGUGUGACUUUUGAGGACGUGGCCAUUGACUUCCCCAGGAGGAGUGGGGGCUCCUUGAUGAGGCUCAGAGACGCCUGUACCACGAUGCGAUGCUGGAGAACUUGGCACUUAUAGCUUCGCUGGUUACCCACAGUCCACUGCAGUCUGGAAGUAGAUGAUCCUCCUUCUGAUGUAUCUUCAGUUUGUUGGCAUGGAAUGGAGGAUGAAGAGACACCUUUUGAACAGAGUGUUUCCAUAGAAGUUUUGUCACAGGUCAGGAUUCCAAAGGCAGGUGCCUCCAUCCAGAAGACUCACCCCUGUGAGAAAUGUGUCCCAAUCCUGAAAGACAUUUUCCACUUGGCCCAUCUACCUGGGCAGAAAGUGUAUGUAGAUGGAGCAUGUGCAGACCUGUACCAGCUUCGGGAGCAUCACAAUGCAGAGAAGAGGGAUGUGGGCAGGGCUUCAUUUAUAAAGAGCUGCAUAUUCCAUGUGUCAGGGAAUCCCUUCACCUGGAGGAAAGUUGGAAAGGAGUUCCCGGACACCUUGGGCUUUCUCCAGCACCAGGUCAUUCUCAACAGUAAGAAGCCAAACAAAAUCACCAAGUGUGGGGAGGCCUUUCCUUGUGGAGAAAGUCAUUACAAAUCAUGUGAAUGUGGGAAAGCCUCCAGCCACAAACACAGCCUUGUUCACCACCCAAGAGUGUCUACUAGAAAAAGGGUUUAUGAGUCUAGCAAAUAUGGGAAGGCUUUUCACUGCAAGUACUCACUUGUUCAGCUCCAGAGAUCCCACACUGGAGAAAGGCCUUACGAGUGCAGCGAAUGUGGAAAAUCUUUUAGGCUAAGGGCCACCCUCAUUAUACACCAGAGAGUUCACACUGGAGAAAAGCCGUAUAAGUGUGGUGAAUGUGGGAAAUCCUUUAGUCAGUGUUCCAACCUUAUUGAACACUGCAGAAUCCACAGCGGAGAAAGGCCUUUUGAGUGUGAGGAAUGCAGGAAAGCCUUUGCGUGCAAAUCCAAUCUUGUGAGGCACCAGAGAACACACACUGGAGAAAAGCCUUAUGAGUGCAUUGAAUGUGGGAAAUCCUUCAGACAAAGCUUCACCCUUGUUCGACACCAGAGAAUUCACACCACAGCAAGCCCUUAUGUGUGUGACCAGUGUGGGAAAUCCUUUAGCCAAAGAGCUGCUCUCAUUAGACACCAGAGAAUUCACACCAGUAAAAGGCUUUACGAGUGUGGAGAAUGUGGGAAAGCCUUUGGAUCCAAAUCCAAACUUUAUCAGCACAACCGAAGUCACACUGGUGAAAGGCCUUAUGAAUGUGCUCAAUGUGGGAAAUCUUUUACACAAAGCUACAGCCUUGUUGAACACCAGCGAAUUCACAGCAGAGCAAGGCCUUUUGAGUGUGGCCAGUGUGGGAAACGCUUUAGCAGAAGAGCUAUUUUCACUAAACACCAAAGAAUUCACACUGGAGAAAGGCCUUAUAUGUGUCAUGAAUGUGGGAAAUCCUUUAGUCGAAGCACCAGCUUUACUCAACACUGCAACAUUCACACGGGAGCAAGGCCUUAUGAGUGUGGCCGAUGUGGAAAAUCCUUCAGGCAAAAAUCUGUUCUCAUUCAACACCGGGUAGUUCACACUAGAGAAAGGCCUUACGAAUGCAGCAAAUGUGGCAAAUCCUUUAGCCAACGCUCUAGCCUCAAUCUCCACCAGAAAUUUCACAGCAUGGAGAGGGCCCGUGAAUGUAGGAAAUACGGGAAAUCCUUCAUUCCAACCUCCAAUGUUGUUUAACACCAGAAAGUCCACGUUUGAAAAUGGGCUUAGAUUUGAAGGAAACAUGCCGUCUCCCUGUUCACUCUAAUGGCCCUUAAUAGUUGUGUGAGGGAGCCACAUGCCUGAAGUUGAACCUCAUACCUCCAAGCAUCCAGGGAGGCGAAAUAUCCCCUCAGUUUAUAGGCAUGUGUGAGGCUUACAGGGGCUGCACUGCACGGUCCAGACCACCCAGGGCCCUUACCCGAAUGCCACCACUGCCAGUUUUUCCAGUAGAAGUCAUCCCACUUUACUACCUUGUACACUGCUUCAUCGGUCACCCCAGUGUGCCUAAGGCAAGGCAAAUGUCUAUGGCCUCUCCCAUUCCCUGGAGGAAAUCUUGAGUAGUCUUUGCCCUUACAGUGAUUUCCCUUUUCUGGUUAAGUAUGAAUAUGACUCAGUUUGGGCCAAGAGUGGGCUCUGUUGGAAGCUUGCAGGGAAGGCUUACCUACUUCAUGGAAAUUGUUGGUUUCACAUGACACUUGUAAUUGAUUUUUCUAGUCUUCAGGUCAUCAACCGGUAACUAUCUACCUCAUUGCUCUGGUUUGUGCAGUAAUAAAGGCCUUAUUGUUUAAAGUACCUUUAAUCUUGGGGCGC